CAGACUACAUUAUCGAUAUUAUCAUUGUCAUUCUAUCCGACGAGCUUUCAUGUAAAUCCUGCAUACAUUUGCUAAAAAAUAUAACGAGUCUAAUAGAAGUGUUUUAAGUCGCACAUAGAUUUCCAAUAUUUUUUUAAAAAGAAAACGAGAAUAUAUUUCUACCACAAUCACUUCCAUCUAAUCGUAGGGCGGCAAGGAUUUCAAUAAGAAUUAAAUUAAGAAUUAAUAAAAUUAAAUAGAACGACAGUGCCAUUGUAUUGUUGUGAUUGUGUGUAAAAAAUCCAGCUGUUCUCUGUCGCGUACAAAAUAAAUAAACUUGAAAAUAAAUGGCGACUGAAUUUUGAUAAAGACAUUCGAUCCUGUUAUUUUUGUGAAAACCUUAUUCGAUUAAUAAAAUUUGAAUAGUUUGUUGGUGGUGUGUGAUCUACAUACGUAUUUUUCGGUGCAAUAUAAAUCGACGAAUUCACAGCGAUAUCCAUUUCUUGACCUGCUUGAAAGCGUCGCUAUUUUCAUUGUCAUCCCUCAAAUUGGUGGUCUAUGUUAUAAAAAUUCAUUUCCUACGAAUACUUGGUAGUUUUAAUAUGAGUCUAUUAGGACGAUCGGACAUCGAUUCUGGAUACUUUGUCAAUUUUAACCAGGAUGUCACAUCGUUAGCUGUUGGUUCAAAAAACGGUUACAAUUUGUUUUCACUAAAUUCGGUUGAGUCGGCAUUGGAAGAAAUUUAUCGCAGCGUUGGUGAAGAUAUCUGUUUGGUCGAACGUUUGUUUAGCAGUUCAUUGGUUGCAAUUGUUUCAAUUAAUGCUCCCCGGAAAUUAAAGGUAUGUCACUUCAAAAAGGGCACGGAAAUAUGCAAUUAUUCCUACUCGAAUACCAUUCUCGCGGUCAAACUGAAUCGGGCCCGAUUAGUGGUAUGUCUGGAAGAAAGUCUGUACAUACACAACAUACGUGAUAUGAAAGUGGUUCACACCAUUCGUGAUACGCCUCCGAAUCCAAACGGAUUAUGUGCAUUAGCUGCUGAUUCUGAUCAUUGUUACUUAGCAUAUCCGGGCAGCGCUCGUAUCGGUGAAGUUCAAAUAUUUGAUGCCGUCAAUUUGCACGCCAAAAUAAUGAUUCCUGCACACGAAUCAUCAUUGGCUGCGAUUGCGUUCAGUCCAUCCGGUACAGAAGUGGCCACAGCAAGUGAAAAAGGAACGGUCAUUCGGGUCUUUUCCGUACAGGAUGGUUCAAAAUUAUUCGAAUUUCGACGUGGCGUCAAGCGUUGCGUCUCGAUAGCAUCGUUGUCGUUUAGCACUUGCUCAAAAUAUUUAUGCUGCAGUUCCAAUACGGAGACGGUGCACAUAUUUGCUCUGGAAAAAAUUGCCACCGAGACGCGGGACAAUGGACAAUCCCAAAGUGCUGCCAGUGGUGAUUGGAUGGGCUACUUAAGUAAAACCGUUUCCAGUUAUCUGCCACUGGCGUUACCAUCUCAAGUGGCCGAUGUGUUCACCCAAGGACGAGCCUUUGCGACAGCCGUUUUACCGAUUGCUGGCUUAAGACAUGCGUGUGUUAUCGCAACGAUACAAAAAUCGUUAAAAUUGUUAGUUGCAUCUCAGGACGGAUAUUUGUAUGUUUACCAGAUCGCUGCUGUGGAAGGUGGAGACUGUAGACUAGUGAUAAAACAUGAUUUAAGAAACUUUGACAACAAGGAAUUGACGACCAUUGCAUCGCAUGCGCAAGAAUCAGCGCCCAUCAUAGUACCAACUAAUGAAGUACCAUCAACCACUUAUGCAUCAGCGGUAAAAACCGCCGAUUUUUCAGACGAUGACCAAUAGUUUUCUUUUUUUUUGUUAUUUUGUGACAAAUUCAUUUUAUAUUUUCGUUGAAGACAGUGUAAGGUGUGGCUGAAAUUUCUUACAAUUUUCAACAGAUAAUGUUUAACCUUUAAUUGUAGAACUUAGCUAAAUAAAAAAAUGACUUAAGGUUACGUAGGUGCUUUCCAUUCUGAUUAAGUUUUCUCGAAAGUAUUUUCAUCAACGGUUUCACCAAACAAUGCGAAAUCGAACCUGGGACCACGGACAUAUUUCCGAGUUAUAGCGGUUUACACUCCCCGAGGUGCACUAACUUCCCGAAUGAUAAUGAAUAAAUUUUCAAAUAUCUGGGCUAAGGUCGGACCUGUAACUUGAAAUUGAAAAAUUGAAAUUUUUUAGGGCGCUUUCAGGCUAAGAGUUUCAGGAAACCUCAACUAUUUUUAGAAAAACGUUUUCCCAAAUUUUCUAAAAUUUGCCCAAGUUUUCCCAAAUUAAAAAAACUUUUUUUUAGUAAAAGUUGGGAAAAGCGGGAAGAACUGAGGAAAAUUUGUGAAAAAAAUAUGAGAGAAUGUUUUACCUGAUUGGAUUUGCAUUCAAAUGUUCAUCAGUUUCAGUUCAAAAUUAGGCAGUGUCUAAUAGGUACGGGUAAACCUGAACUGAAAGAGAUCUUCCCGGUAGCUGAGUCACAGUUUCCGGUAACCAAAAACGUGACUUACCGAUCCAUACAUUGCCCGGUACUUUGUUCAGCGAAGUCUCGAUUUUCCGGUAAAGGACACCGCAUUAUUUCCAUGACCCUCAUUAAUCUAUGCAUGUGGGUAAUGAAAUCGUCGAUCUUUACAUUUAAAUCGAAAUAUCAAAUAAAUCAGUAUCGUCACACAUCUCGUCAAGUGUAAUCUUUUAUAAAACAAAUAUUUACUGGUCCUAAAUAAAUUAUCGAAAAUAAAAUCUGAAAAUUAUUGUUCUACAAAAAUGGUGAGUCACUGUGUUGACUUAAGUUGGGAAGUUUUUUUUUAGUUAAACAUAAUGACACUAAAGGAUAUCAGAAAUUCUUGUGCGUCGAAUGAAAGUUUAAAAUUUUUGAUUGCCACAUAAAUUGACAGUUCAUCGUCGAUGAUUAGACAAACGAAUGUUGCUUGAAUUUCAAGCGAAAUGAAAAUCUUCCAAUUUUUAUGAUGGAACAUUGAAUAUCACUGUGAAUAAAUUAUGUUGUUCAACACUCGAAAAUCGAAACAAAAGAAAUGAAUCAUUGAAACAAGUAAGAAAACUUACGAUCACAUUCAAGAAUUAAUUUUUAAAAUUGAAACGUUAUGUCGGAACGUUAAACAAAAUUCUUAAUUAAGGAUUUAGACUCAAUUGGUCGUAAAUUUUAUAAAUAAGAUGAUUGGUUUAAGUAAAUGACUUAAUGUGUUGACACUGUGCACAGUUAUUAAUAUAUAGAAAACCUAGUAACUAGAAUUCCGUUUUAAAAAUUAUUCUUUUGGGAUUUUUGCUUCGAAUUCAUUUUUAAUGAGUUUUUUGUUGCAAUUAUCAUUAGACAUUUUAUUAGAAUAAAAUUUCGUAAUAAUUCACAUGGAGAACAGUUUGUACAAUUUGAAUAUUUUCACUUCGUUCAUGAACGUUUAGAACAAUGUAAAUAGUAGAUACAAAAUCCCCGUUUUUUUAUAUUUUAGCUGAAACCUCUGAUAAACAGAAAAACAAAAUUUUGUUAAAAAAAUAUAUUUUCUAGAAACUUAAAACCAUCUUUGACAAUGAAAUGGCUAUUGUAAAAGAGAAAAACAUGAAAGAAAAUUAAUUAAAAAAAAAUCCAAAUAAA